ACUUAACAAAUUAUACAAUUACUUGUGAUAAUAAACACGUAAUAAUUAUCAAGUUUUAUUUGUUAUGUUUCAUGCAUAUAAUAAAUUGAUCCAAAGAUAAGUUUAUUAUUUAUCAUGUAUUAUUGUUAGUGUUUGAUUAUUAUAUCAAGAGUACCACUUGCAAAUAAUAUUACUGAUCAAAGACUUGAUAUUAUUGUUGCACUAGAUAUCUUUAGAUGGGAUUUACCAUUUGUUUAAAUUGAUUCAAAAUGAGCAUGUUAUUUAUGUUAUAAUUCUUGUGUUUCUCUUUUCAAACAAGUAUUGCUACUAUUUCUGCUAACUUAAGUUCAAUGUCGAUCCUUAAUGAUACAAAUGUUAAGGAUUGAAAGGAGAACAUUUUAAUUGUUCUUGGCUGCAUGGAUCUAGAUCUUGCACUUAGGACAGAGCAACCCACUGCUCCUACAAAUACUAGUUCCUCUGAACUGAGGGCUAAAUAUGAGAAAUGGGAUCGCUCUAACCGCAUAAGUCUUAUGAUCAUCAAGCGCGGCAUACCUGAGGCUUUUAGGGGCGCGGUGUCUAAUAGUGUCACCAAAGUUAAGGAAUAUCUCGAUGAGAUUGAAAAGCGCUUUGCCAAAAGCGAUAAGGCGGAAACAAGCACAAUUCUGAAGAGCUUGAUUUCCAUGAAGUAUAAAGGCAAGAGAAAUAUUCGGGAAUAUAUCAUGGAAAUGUCCCACCUUGCAUCAAAAUUGAAGACACUUAAUCUUGAAUUGUCGGAUGACAUGCUUGUGCAUUUAGUAUUUAUUUCUCUUCCGAACCAGUUUAGUCAGUUUCAAAUCAAUUAUAACUGUCAAAGGGAGAAAUGGACGUUUAAUGAGCUCAUUUCAUACCGUGUUCAAGAGGAAGAGAGGUUGAAGCAAAUCAAGGCUGAAAGUGCUUAUUUGGCAAGCACCCCUAAAGAUAAGGGCAAGAAAAGAAAGAAUGAGGCUACUAAAGGUCCUUAUGUGAAGAAACAAAAGGUACAUUUUUCAAUUUGGUUUGUUCUGAAGUAAAUUUAGCUUCAAUACUUCGAAACACUUGGUGGUUAGAUAGUGCUACUACUAACAUCAGUGUUUCUAUGCAAGGUUGUCUGAGCUACCGAAAGCCAACUGAUGCUGAAAGAUGCAUUUAUGUGGGUGAUGGCAAGUUGGUUGAGGUGGAAGCAAUAGGGCAUUUUAGAUUGUUGUUAAACACUAGUUAUUAUUUAGACUUAAUAGAUACUUUUGUUGUACCGUCAUUUAGACGAAAUUUGGUUUCUGUUUCUCAUUUGGACAAAUUAGGUUACUGUUGUUCGUUUUAAAACGGCCAAUUUAGUUUAUCUAUUCAUUUUAUUGUUGUUGAAAUUGGUUCACUUAUAAUUUAUGACAAUCUAUAUAUGCUUGAUAUAAAUGCUUCUUAUACUGAAACCCUAAAUGUGGAAUCACAUGGUCCUAAGCGUAAAUUUAAUA